AUGGUUGACGAUGCGGCCCUCGCCGCUGCGGCUGCGAUUGUCGCUUCGAUAGCCCCAGAUACCCGACCGCCUAAUUCGAUACCGGUUGGCGUAGCUUCCCAGGUGCAACUCCCAGGACCAGAUACUCCCGCCAAGCGUAAGCUUGAAUUGGAGCUUCAAAACCUCGCUUUGCGUGUCGGAAAGCUCGAGAGCCAGGCCUCAGCUGCCUCUCCCUUUCCAGAAACGCCCAACGAGGUUAUUGAUACUCUUUUUGGCGAAGAGGCUCUUACGGUGGCGGCUCGCCCCAAGCCUAAAGUCUUUCACGCCCAAGGUAGCCUGCACACUCCGCAUCUGCCAUCUUAUCAGCUGACCGAAGAAGCCCUCGAAGGACUUCGAGAACAUGUGGACGAUCAGUCCAAGUUGCUCGACAGUCAGCGCCAGGAGCUCGCGGGUGUUAAUGCCCAGCUGAUGGAGCAGAAGCAGCUGCAAGAGCGAGCCCUCGAGAUACUCGAGCAGGAACGUAUUGCUACCUUGGAGCGUGAGCUCUGGAAGCACCAAAAGGCCAACGAAGCAUUCCAAAAGGCUCUGCGAGAAAUCGGCGAGAUCGUUACCGCUGUUGCUCGUGGUGAUUUGACCAUGAAGGUUCGCAUGAACACUGUUGAAAUGGACCCGGAAAUUACAACAUUCAAACGUACUAUCAACGCUAUGAUGGAUCAGCUGCAAAUAUUUGCUAGCGAAGUCUCGCGAGUGGCUCGUGAAGUCGGUACCGAAGGUUUGCUGGGCGGUCAAGCCCGCAUUGGUGGUGUUGAUGGAACAUGGAAAGAACUGACUGACAAUGUGAACGUUAUGGCCCAAAAUUUGACCGAUCAAGUGCGAGAAAUUGCAUCUGUUACAACCGCCGUAGCCAAUGGCGACCUGACCAAAAAGAUCGAAAAACCUGCCCGGGGCGAGAUAUUACAACUACAACAAACCAUCAACACCAUGGUAGAUCAACUACGAACGUUUGCUUCUGAAGUCACCCGUGUAGCAAGAGAUGUCGGAACUGAAGGCAUGCUAGGCGGGCAAGCCGAUGUUGGGGGAGUGCAGGGCAUGUGGAACGAUCUCACUGUCAACGUCAACGCCAUGGCCAACAAUUUGACGACUCAAGUGCGCGACAUUAUCAAGGUUACCACAGCUGUCGCCAAGGGAGACCUGACCCAAAAGGUUCAAGCCGACUGCAGGGGAGAGAUUUUCGAGCUCAAGUCGACCAUCAACUCCAUGGUUGACCAACUGCAACAAUUUGCUCGUGAGGUAACGAAAAUUGCCCGUGAAGUCGGCACAGAAGGACGCUUGGGAGGUCAAGCUACAGUGCACGAUGUUGAAGGUACCUGGAGAGAUCUGACGGAGAAUGUCAACGGCAUGGCCAUGAACUUGACCACUCAAGUGCGAGAAAUUGCCAAGGUCACCACUGCGGUCGCCAAGGGUGACUUGACAAAGAAGAUUGGGGUCGAGGUCAAGGGUGAAAUCGCGGAGCUGAAGAACACCAUCAACCUGAUGGUGGACCGACUUGGUACAUUCGCUGUUGAAGUGAGCAAGGUGGCCAGGGAAGUAGGCACGGAUGGAACCCUUGGUGGACAGGCUCAAGUAGCCAACGUUGAAGGCAAAUGGAGGGAUCUCACAGAAAACGUCAACACGAUGGCAUCAAAUCUCACCGCUCAGGUCAGGAGUAUUUCGACCGUCACACAAGCCAUUGCGAACGGCGAUAUGAGCCAGAAGAUCAAAGUCGAAGCAAAUGGAGAAAUACAAGUACUGAAAGAAACCAUCAACAACAUGGUUGACCGUUUGUCUAGCUUCUGCUAUGAAGUGCAACGAGUCGCCAAAGAUGUGGGCGUGGAUGGAAAGAUGGGCGCUCAAGCCGACGUGGGCGGUCUGGAUGGUCGCUGGAAAGAAAUCACAACAGAUGUCAACACCAUGGCUAGCAAUUUGACAACACAAGUGCGCGCCUUCUCAGAUAUAACUAACCUAGCCACGGAUGGAGACUUCACCAAACUUGUCGAUGUAGAGGCAUCAGGCGAGAUGGACGAGCUCAAACGAAAGAUCAACCAGAUGAUUUCAAACCUGCGUGAUUCUAUUCAGCGCAACACUCAAGCCAGAGAAGCUGCCGAACUUGCCAAUAAGACCAAGUCCGAAUUCCUGGCCAACAUGUCUCACGAAAUCCGAACACCGAUGAACGGCAUUAUAGGAAUGACCCAACUUACAUUAGACACCGACCUGACUCAAUAUCAGAGGGAGAUGCUUAACAUUGUCAAUAAUCUUGCCAACAGCCUCCUGACGAUCAUUGACGACAUUUUGGAUCUUUCCAAAAUCGAGGCUCGGCGAAUGGUGAUCGAAGAAAUCCCCUACACAUUGCGAGGAACUGUCUUCAACGCCCUCAAGACUCUUGCCGUCAAGGCAAACGAGAAGUUUUUGGACCUCACCUACAUGGUCGACAGCUCUGUGCCAGAUUAUGUUAUUGGUGAUUCUUUCCGUCUCAGACAAAUCAUCCUUAACCUUGUUGGCAAUGCUAUCAAGUUCACAGAGCAUGGUGAGGUCAGCCUAACAAUCAAAGAGAGCAUGGGACAAAGCCACGUCCGACCUGGUGAAUAUGCGGUUGAGUUUGUCGUGCAAGAUACGGGCAUAGGAAUUGCUCAGGAUAAACUGGAUCUGAUUUUCGACACAUUCCAACAAGCGGAUGGUUCCAUGACUCGCAAGUUUGGUGGGACCGGUCUAGGUCUGUCCAUUUCGAAGCGACUUGUCAAUCUCAUGGGUGGUGAUCUUUGGGUCAAUAGUCAGCAUGGCAAGGGCAGCGAAUUCCACUUUACAUGCCUGGUCAAACUCGCCCCCGACGACGCCGCUUUGAUCGAGCAACAGAUCCGCCCAUACCGAGGUCACCAGGUGCUAUUUGUCGACAAGGCACAAUCUCAGAACGCUGCGUCGAUCAAGCCCAUGCUGGAGAAGAUUGGCCUCAAGCCUGUUGUUGUUGAUUCAGAGAAGAGCCCUGCCUUGGCCCGCCUGCAUACCGGUGGCUCCCUUCCCUAUGAUGCUAUCCUAGUUGAUUCUAUCGACACUGCGAGAAGGUUAAGAGCUGUGGAUGAUUUCAAGUAUCUACCUAUCGUUCUGCUCGCGCCUGUUGUUCACGUUAGCUUGAAGUCGUGCUUGGAUUUGGGAAUCACGUCGUACAUGACGACGCCGUGCAAACUCAUCGACCUAGGAAACGGCAUGAUCCCUGCUCUUGAAAACCGAGCUACCCCCUCACUCGCCGAUAACACCAAGUCUUUCGAAAUUCUGCUUGCUGAGGACAACACUGUCAAUCAGCGAUUAGCAGUCAAGAUCCUCGAGAAAUACCACCAUGUGGUGACCGUGGUAGGCAACGGUUGGGAAGCCGUCAAAGCUGUUCAAAGCAAGAAGUUUGAUGUCAUUCUUAUGGAUGUUCAAAUGCCAAUCAUGGGAGGUUUCGAGGCCACUGGCAAGAUUCGAGAGUAUGAGCGUGGCAUAGGAAGCCACCGCACACCUAUCAUUGCUCUCACGGCCCACGCCAUGAUGGGCGAUCGAGAGAAGUGCAUUCAAGCUCAAAUGGACGAGUAUUUGUCCAAACCUUUACAGCAAAACCAUCUCAUCCAGACCAUCCUCAAGUGUGCUACUCUUGGUGGCCCAUUGCUUGAGAAGAACCGUGAACGCGAGCUGGCGCUGCACGCCGAAACGAAAUCGAAGCACAAGGAGGGAGGCCAGGGUUUGCUGCGACCGACACUUGAGAGUCGAGCUUUCACAAGUCGAGAGCCUCUCCUGGGCAAUGGCAAGGAGAGUCCUGCCAUUAUUGCACCUGACGAGGAUCCCAUGGCAAGAGCACGUCUUGACCUUUCUGAUAUGAGAAGUCUGACCAACUAA